AUGUCGAUACCCGGACGGGAUUCGACCAGCCAGCCAUCUUCAUCCAAAAUACGGAAGUGUGUUAGUUGUCUGAAGGAAGUUCUGACGCCAGACAGACCAAUUUAUCAUUUACCUUGUCUUCAUUCCUUGUGUUUUCGGUGCAGAGGUAUGUUAGCUUUGCCAUUAGUUUUAUUAAUACCUCCUUAUAGAUGCGCAAAGAUCCAAUCUUGAAAAGAGCUUGCAUUGUACGGUCUGUAACCAACAAUUCUCUGCUGACGUCGUUUACGACGAAUUCAUUCCCGAUCCGAAAAGGACGUAAGUUUUUUUUAUCUAUUGGUUAUUUUGAAUUUUAGGAAAUGCAUGUCGUCAAAUUGUACAAAUCUCGAUUUACAAAAGAUUUCCCAUUAUUGCGUUACUUGUAAAAUCUACAUGUGUGCUUGGUGUAUAAAAAGUCAUAACCGGGAGCAUCUUAUCCGAGAGGUACGUGUUACCUCUGGCUGUAUUUCUAUCUGCUUCAUCGAGCUUAAUUUAUCUAUUUUAGUCGAAGCCUUAUGUUCCUUUAAUAUCAAGAUGCGUCAAUCUCCUACAUCAAGACAGAAUGGCGAACUUUGUGUGUUCUUGCGGGGCUGUAAGUCUGAAGUAGUUUAUUUCUGACUUUCUUUUACAGAGAAUAUGUACGGAUUGCCUGGAAGGGCACAGAUCUAAUUGCCGAAAAGGAAAUGCAAUUGGAACGUUCGCUGAACUGAACACAAAAGCAAUCAAUUGUUUAAGGCCGCUAAUUGAGAAUGACAAGAAAAGUUUAGAGUAUUAUCAUAACCUGUAAGUGUUAUUUUUUAUUCUUUUAUCUGGUUUAAGACUUCAAAACCUGCAAAUAAAACGGCGGAUGGUAAUGACAGAGUUCCACAAUUCGAGAACUCAAUUAGCAUUUGAUUGUCAAAGAAUGGUGUCCUUGAUGAUUCAACGGUUCCAAGAUCUCGCUGAUUCUUUGGAAAUGUCUCAGAAUCAAUAUAUGUCUCAUUUUAAGAAGGUUGAGGCUGAUAUUGCAGAAGAAACUAACAGAGUUGCUACAAUAAAUAACCUCGAGAAGAAGAUUACUACUCUCAAGGCACAAGAUGUUAUCCCGUUUGCGUCUUUCAUAAAACACGCCUCUACGAAUGCCGAGAGAAGAAGUAAGUAUAGCAGGAUCAACAUCGACAACAUCUUGCCUCUUCCAUCUGUCCGGAUCGAUCUUUCGCACAGUCCCCAGUCCAGUAACCUUGUUCAAUUCCUUAGUGGAUAUGGUUCUAUUGUCGUGAACAAUAUUCGACAGGUAUGUGCUGUGCUUUUACAACCGUAUUUUUCUUAAUUUAGACCGUUCGGUCCAGUUUCGAUAAACCUUUGACUUUUGUACUUCCACCCAAACUUAAUCCUGCUGAAAUGGGGCACCAAUCAGAAAUGGGACUUCGACUUUUUAAUGGCCGAGAAUACGAAAAGGUAGACAAGGAGAAGUUCAGACGUUUGAUAAAACCUUUGGCUGAUGAUGAAUUGCGAGAAAGAUGUGUUCAGUUGGAAUCAGAGCUUGAUUAUUACCGAAGACUAACGCGUAGUUUGGAACAAAGUUCAAGAAUUACGUCGGAAACAAUAAGGCCGAUUCCAAUCGAAGCGAUAGAGGGCAAUCAACCAUCAUUCCCUCCAUUGCACACAAAUAAUGUAAGUUCAGGAUCAAUAGUACCUUCAUGAUGAAUUCAGAUGGCUGUGCCAGGUCCAUCCACUAGUCGGCAAGCUCCGAUGCCUUUAGAUGGCCGGCUUCGUCAAGCUUAUCCCAAUUUCCGACCAGCAAUGCAACCUCCAAUGAGGCCAAAUGGACUUCAGAUGCGAUCUCCUCAAUUUAUAAAUAGUCCUCAAGGAUUUAUGUUUCCUCCAUCCCCAAAUCAACCAAAUCUACUUCGAAACAGUCACUCUGAGCUGCAGCAAUUAAUGUUUGCAAAUUCACCUGUAUGUUUUUUUUUAUUUUUUAUUCUUGUUUAAGGCAAGCAAUACCCCAUCGGCAGAUAUAGUUACCAUUACAUUGGAAGACGAAAGACCCCGAAAUACACAAUCAAAUGAAGUAAUAUCCGGUACACAAAACGGAAACACCUCAGACAAGGUUAAAUCAUCGUGUUUGAUGAAAAAAGAAGGGAUUAAUGAGAAAUUAGAAAACAGCCAAGAGAGCGAAAGGUCUAAUCUUCGGCGUUCAAAGUCUGUGGUGAAUUCAGGCAACGAUUUGACCGACCAAACACAGACAUCUAAUUCUGCUCCAAAUUCCAAUGUCAGAAUUGGUGAAAACAGUCCUAUUCAUAGGCUACGAGAGAAGUCACACGAUAGUCAUAUGUCAGAUAAAAGUGGAACUUCCGCUGGACGAUAUAGAGCUGUUCCCGACACUUCUGGUGGCCUUAAAAUAAGAAUCAGAAGAGAAGAAGUGGAGCCAACGCCUGUGAUCGAACCCUUUAUAGAUGAUGAAGGAGAAACGAGCAGGAAAGCGGCUGUUCCGGAUGCUCCUCAAGAUGAAUGGGAUGACUAUUGUUACAGUUGUAAUGAAGGUUGUGAUGAUAUCUCUGGCGAACUUGGCUGCUGUUCGACUUGUCCGAGGGUAUUUCAUCAAUUCUGCCAUAUUCCCCGGUGCUCUGCUCCAAUGGCACAACUGCCCGAUGACUGGCGUUGUUCCAUGUGUCAACCGAUGUUGCCCAUCACGGAAAGGCAGGAUAGAAUGACUCCCAACAUUAAACUGGUCUGUUCGUAUCUUCACAUUUCUUUCUAGGUUUUUAUUCGCUUGUGUUAUUACAAUGCUUAUAGGCGUGCUCAAAAGUAAUGUUGGCCUGUCUCGACGAUUCCCAACAGUCAGAUCCAUUCCGGAAACCAGUUGACAAGAAGUUCCAAGAAUAUUACAGUGUUAUUUCGAGGCCUAUGGAUUUAACGACCGUCAAUUCUAAACUCUCGGGUGGAGAAUAUGCAAAUACGACGGGAUUCAUUGCCGAUAUGAACCAAAUAUUUAUAAAUUGCUCAACUUUUAAUUCCGUAAGUCCAAAGUUUGGAUACAUUUAUAUGUGCCCCAUAAGGUUGUCUAUGUAUAGCUAUUUUUUAGCCUGACAAUCCAUUGGCCAAAUGUGGGAUAAACGUGUACAAGAAAUACGUGGAAGCAGUCAAGAAGUACUUGCCGGCUUAUGUAAGCUCGGUAUGGAUGUAUGUGUGCCUUUACAAGAACGACGAACCGGCUAUGAAGAAAAGGAGAAGGAAUUAG